AAGCAGAGAAUCCGAGGGUAUUCUUUUACCUCCAUCACUAAGCAAACCACAUUCCACACUGCCUUCUUUUAGCGUCUUUGGCUAUCACCGUGUCUGCGAUCACAGCAAGAUGCCCCUCAGCAACAAUGUCAUCGGAGCCAUCAAUUUCGUGGCCAUGCUCCUCUCAAUCCCGAUCAUCGGCGCCGGGAUCUGGCUAGCAUCCGAGCCUGACAACAGCUGCGUGAAGCUUCUACAGUGGCCAGUCAUCAUCAUUGGCAUCUUGAUCUUGAUCGUAGCUCUUGCUGGCUUCGUGGGCGCGUUUUGGCGCAUUCCAUGGCUCCUAUUCUUCUACCUGGUAGCCAUGCUCAUCCUCAUAAUCCUACUUGGUGCAUUGGUCGUCUUCACCUUCAUGGUAACUAACAGAGGGUCUGGCCACACUGUCCCUAGCCGCGCCUUCUUAGAAUAUCGCCUCGACGACUACUCAGGGUGGAUGCGUCGAAGGGUGCAUGGUUCUUUCAAGUGGGAUCGUAUCCGUAACUGUAUCGCUUCUACUAGCAUGUGUGCUGAAUUGAAUCAGAGCUAUCGAUUCGCACAAGAUUUCUUCAAUGCACGUCUUAGCCCAUUACAGUCAGGUUGCUGCAAGCCACCAACCUUAUGUGGCUACACAUUUGUCAAUCCAACGUACUGGAUUAGUCCGAUCAACACGGCCGAGGACAUGGACUGCUUGCUGUGGAGCAAUGAACAGACGCAGCUGUGCUAUGCAUGCGAAUCUUGCAAGGCAGGCCUACUUGCAAAUCUAAAGAAGGAAUGGAGGAAGGCAGAUCUGAUUUUGGUCCUCACACUAGUGGGACUUAUAUUUGUGUACUUGAUAGGGUGUUGUGCAUUUAGGAAUGCUAAGACAGAAGACCUCUUCCGUAAAUACAAGCAAGGUUAUGUGUAAUCAAGGUGGCGGUGGGAACUGCAUUUUCAUCCUUUAAAAAAAAAAAAAAAAUGUAUAACUUUCUUAUAACGCAAUGCAUUUCUUUUUCAUCUACUGGGUAUGGCAUUGGAGAAAUCAGUUUGCAAGAUAUGAUAGUAAAAUGUGAAUUAUUUGGUA